AUGAGUGGAUCUCUUGAUAUAUUACCUAAAGGUUUUAAUUUAACAUUUAUUGAAGAAGAUGAACUUAGUAAAAGUGUUGUUAAUUUUCUUGGACAUCGACGACGUAAUAAAUUUGCUUUUCCAAUACUUAUGUCACUUUAUGCAUUUAUUUUUGCUACGGGACUCACUGGAAAUCUUUGCACAUGUGUUACUAUAUGGAAAAGUCGAGACAUGCAUACACCAACAAAUUUUUAUCUUUUUUCUCUUGCUGUUUCCGAUCUACUAUUAAUUAGUCUUGGUUUGUCUGUUGAAAUGUACAAUAUUUAUGAAUCAUGGCCAUGGAUAUUUGGUGAAGCAUUUUGUGUAUUUCGUACUGUUGUUCUUGAAAUUGUAACAUCGGCAUCAAUUUUAACAGUUUUAUGUUUUACAAUCGAACGGUAUUUAGCUAUUUGUUUUCCAAUUGUAUCUCAAAAAAUACUUGGAAAAUUAAGUCGUGCACUUAAAAUGAUAAUGAUUGUUUGGUUUUUAUCAUUUUUACUUGCUGUACCAUAUACAUUUACUGCUGUUUUUAUUAGUGUAAAAGGUGAAGUUCGAAAUAGAAGUAUUGAAGUUCUUGAUAGUCGUAUAUGUGCAAUUCGUCCUGAAUAUUGGGAACCAAUGUUAUAUUAUAUGGCAGUAACAACAUUUCUUGUUUUUGUUAUACCAAUAUUUGUUAUAACUGUUCUGUAUAUUUUAAUGGGUAUUACUUUGUAUAAAGCAAGUCAUCGUCCAUUAAAUAAUUAUCAUGAAAGAAAACGUGAACAAAUUGUAUUACGUCGUCGUGGUCAACAACAUUUGUGGUUAAGACAAAAUACAGCUUCAUUAAUUAAAUCACGACCAGUAAGAAAUUCAAGACGAGCAGUUUUAAAAAUGUUGGUGGCGGUUGUAAUUGCAUUUUUUAUUUGUUGGGCACCAUUUCAUACGCAACGUAUAACAGCAUUUGUUACACGAUUAUUGGAUAAAGCAAAUAAAAAUAUAACAUCAGAUGCGGCGACAAAAUUUCAAGAAAUACUUUUUUUUGCUUCAGGCAUUUUAUAUUAUCUAUCGGCAACUGUAAAUCCUGUUCUAUACAAUAUAAUGUCAAAACGUUAUCGAAAUAGUUUCAAACGAACAUUAUGUCGUUGGAAAAAUGUAUCAACAAAAACUUCAUUUCGAAAUGGACGUUCUUAUAUAUCUUAUAAUCGAAAUCCGGCACAUUUUCCAAGAUCUCCCUAUACAACAAAUCCUUAUAAUCGAACAAUAUAUAAAACAACAUCAUCUAAUCAUUAUCGUGAUAAUAUCUUUACAUUUUCGAUGUCAAAAUAUAAAUUAAUUAUUGGUUCACGUACAUUUUCUCGUCAAGAUACACAUGGUGAAUGUCGUCGUCGUACAUCAUUUCAUUAUCGUUUAUCAUUAAUAGAAAAAAAAGAACGUGAACAAGAAAAAGAACGAAUGAAAUUACAAUUAAAACAAAGAAAAUUUUCUUUAAGUUUUAUUCAACAACCAGACAAACAUCGAGCAAGAUUUGUUUUUACAACUAAUUUACCACCAUUAACACCACCAAAUUCAUCGAUUAGUGAUUCAAAAAAUUUUACACAAUUACAGGCGAAUUCUCAUACUAAACAUUAUCAAUAG